AUGCCACCUCCGAGCGGCAACCGGACCAGCAAUGCUACCCCUGCCCACUCCUCGCUGAAGACCGUGAUGGCGGUCAAGAGCGCAGCAAAAAACUUCGCAGCUAAAACACAUCAAACAAAUAACAAUAAAGUCGCGCCCGCAGCAAAGAAAGACGCCGCGACUGCCAACGCCCCCGCCGCCAAGAAGAUGCCUAUUGAAAAGCCUCCUGAGCCAACUCCCGCGUAUGAUAUGCCCAGAGACAUUGUCGAAGAAAUGCCGCGAUUACCCUCAUCGACCACCUCUAUUAUGUCGCUCACGAAGGACGCGCCCCUCGGCAGAUCCACGCCGAGUUUGGGAAGACCAGUCCAUCGAUCCGAAUACCUCAAGCUCACCCUCGAGGAGCUCAUCGCCGAACCCGAUCAGUAUAAAACCGUGCCUCAGGUGUGGUCCGUCUCGACGAAAGUGUUCCGCGUGACAAAAGAAUACACGUAUAAAGCACUCACCGCGUUGUGUGCCGUGCCAGUGGCUCUCCUGGCCGGUUUGUUCUUCGCAAUAUUAUCCUGUUUCCACAUUUGGCUUGUUCAUCCGUGUUUGAGACAGUUCCGGAUCAACAUGUUUGCCAUUCGUCAAUGCCUCCGCGUGGUCUUGGACUCGGUCAUCGGGCCGUGCAUAUCUGAGCUUGGGCUGAUUUUCUCGCGUAUGCGGAUAGAACAUAGGAACUUCCAGGAAAUGCAAAGAAUCUGA